AUGUCUUCAACAAACCCUUUAAUAAGCUCAAUAACAAUUUAUGUCGGUCUUCCAAUAUUUAUAAGUGGUACAUUGGGAAAUAUAGUUGAUGUUCGUCUUCUUUGGCGAACUCGUCGUAAUCCAUGUGCAUUUAUAUUUAUAGUAUCAUCACUCGUUAAUUGUAUUGUUUUAUUUUAUGGCUUAUUUACAAGAAUCUUAAGUGUUGGUUUUCAUCUUGAUUGGUCAACAACAAAUCAUAUCUGGUGUAAAACUCGUGUUGCUUUAACUCAAUCAAGUUUUUUAAUAUCAUUAACAUGUAUUUGUUUAGCAAGUAUUGAUCGAUUUCUUGUUAGUUGUCGUCAAGAAAAAUAUAGAAAAUUGAGUCGAUUAUCAAUAGCUAUAUUCGCUGUUAUAAUAACAAAUAUUUUUUGGAUAUCCAUUUUUGUUCCUUAUUUAAUAUAUGCCGAUAUAUUAAGAAAUCCAACAACAGGUUUAUUUUCUUGCACUCUUAUACGAAAUGAUGCUUUUGCUAUAUAUCAAAAUUAUAUAGGACUUCCUAUUCUUUAUGGUUUAUUACCGAGUACAACUUUAAUAAUAACAGGUAUAAUGACAUAUAGAAAUACAAAAAAAUUACAAAUAAAUCGUCAACGAGAAUUAGUUCAAAAACAAUUAACAUCAAUGAUGCUUAUACAAAUACCAAUAAUACUUCUAUCAACAUUACCAUAUGUUAUAUUUACAGAAUAUACAAUAUUAACUGCAACAGUUAGUAAAUCUGUUGAUCGAAGAGCUGCUGAACUUUUGAUUACAAAUAUUUUUACAAUUCUAUGUUAUAUAACAUUUGCAUGUCCUUUUUUUGUUUUUUUUUCUACAUCAUCAUCAUUUCGACAAGAAGCGAAAAUUUUAUUUUUAUGCAGAAAAACAAAUCAAUUGAGAAUCAAUCAAAUUCAACCCUAUUCAACAACUAUUCAGAGAUAUACAAGAACUAUUUUAAUGAGAACAAAUUAA